GAGGCUAACUAUACCUAGUCGUAUGGUCCAAUUGAGACAUAUGAUAGUCCGCGCCCAGUUAACGUCCUGCUGCACAGAAGGCCCCGCAAAGAAAAAGCAAGACAUUUGAGAUCGAAAGGCGCCAGCUUUGGUCAUCUCCUCUCAAAGCCCUCUCUCUACCGGUACUUGUUAGCCAACCGUACCCGUUCUACACAAUGUCCAACCCAUGUCAAUAUGAUGGGUUUUCCUUUUUGCCCACGGAGCUAUUCGAAGCACUCCUGUCAUACUUAGACGUCGACUCGAUAAAGACUCUACGUCUCACAAGUGGAAAGAUUGCCAAAAGAUGCCUCGGUCCACGAUUCUUAGCAUGCAUCCAACAACCUGUGCUCGAUGUGUCGUCGGAGAAUCUUCGGUCUCUUAUUGCCUUGGGUCGCAAUCCCGAUAUCAGGAAGAAAGUGAACUCUCUUACUUUUUUAGCUACAAUAAUGGACAUUUCUGGGUUAGAGAAGAAUAUCAAGGAUGGAUACUAUAUCGUCGAAAAGUUCAAUGGGCCCGGUUUCAGAAGGGUCGAAGUUGACUAUUCCCCCGAGGAACUUUCCAACGCGAAAGAUGAUCUAAUAUGGUUAAAAAAGCAGAAAGAAGCAAGAAAAAACGAAUCGCCAAGCGAGCUGGUUGAACUUCUUGGCCAUGCGCUCAAAAAGCUUGGUGAAUUGAAUGCUAUUCACUUGGAUGGUGCAGUUAUUCGGGGACGCAAGGAGAGAAGAUCUCUCAAGCAUGGAGAAUGGGUUUCACUGUGGACGCGAGCCGCGCAAGUUUUCUCAUGGGUUAUAACAGCGCUGCCACGGAGCCAGGUGUCGGUGAAGAGGCUUGAUUUAUAUCAGAGUAAUCGCCAAUGCGGUUUGGAAGCUGCUACUAUCAACAGCCUAAACUUGACACAUGACUUAGCGGAAUUGAAAGUGCCUCUUAAGGGGUUGCAAUCGCUCGAGAUGAGCAUAUCUGGGGACGUGCAGGAUGCCCUGGACUAUCGCAAAAGACGGGAAGAGGAAGACGAGGAAGAGGAUACAUCUCGCGAAGAGAAUGAUCAAGCAAGCCCCAGAAAAAAGGCUCGCAAGUCCAAGGAGGAGGACUAUCAUGGGAUACCGAGCCUUCCGUCAUUCUUCCUCAAGUCUGCCCCCUCUCUUCGAAAGCUCGAAUUCUCGUUUCGUCAUACUGGGCCACCAGGUUCAAAGUUGUUUGAGCAUAAAUAUGACUGGAUCAUGGACAGUAUUGCCCACGAAGCCCAGUUCUCAAUGUUGGAAGAGUGUGCCUUUGCCGGACUUCCAGCGAGGAGCGACUCAAUCCUGCUCUUUUUGCAGAAAAGCCUCAGUAUAAGAUCCUUAACAAUCCACGAAUGCCACCUGAGCUCUGGGUCAUGGACGCCAAUCUUCGCUCAUCUGGAGGAGUCGAUGCCGGAACUCCAGAGCCUAGACCUCUCGAACUUGUGGGGCAAACACAUGCAAAACAUGAAGUACGUACAAGCGCAUGUAAGCGAUAGUAAUGAUAAUAUAAGGGAAGAGGCAGAGGAUGACUGGCAGGAAGGCGAUGGUAUGGUUAUUCUGCGACCAAUAUGGGAUACAAAUCCCAUACCGCGUCGGACAAGAUACAUGUCAACCAAGGGAAUCGUUGUACACACCAGAAGCUUCACCCGCGAGGAAAUAAAUAAGGGGCUCGUUUUUCGACCCCUGAGGAAUGGGCCAGGUCGACCUAAAGGCUCACCUGAGCACUGGUCGUGGCGAAGAAAGCGGGUCGUACUAUAUGGGCCUCUUGAAUAGGUCUAUUUGGUGGACUGUGCUUGAGAAAUUAGUUCCGACAAUUCUAUUUACCUUUAGAAGAUUGAAUUCGUUUCACUUUUCAUAUAUAUGCUUUCCCGUACAAAUGAUAUAGAAC